AAAAAUAAAAAUAAAAAUAAAAAUAAAAAUAAAAAUAAAAAUAAAAAUAAAAAUAAAAAUAAAAAUAAAAAUAAAUUAAAUUAAAAAUAAAAUAGCUACAGACCUAUAUUGUCAAUAUUUAAUAUUUACACACCUACAUCUAUUUUAUAUACACUCUCAUUAAAUAUUAUUUCUAUAUAUUUCUAUAUAUUACCUAUUCAUUUGACGUUGCAAGACCUAGAAAUAACGGCAGGAUCGUCAUAGCCACUGGUUUGUUAGUGCCACUAUAUAUAUACCCUUUUCACAUUGGUCUGGACCGGUUCAGCGACCCUCCCCCAGACCUAAACACCUUCUCCCAAUCCCAUAUUCCUAUCCAAGUACGACAUAUAAUACCGUGCAAUCCUCGAACGAACAGUUAUCCACCCUCUUAACUUUUUAAAAACAUAUCUCUAUUACCUAUCCUAUAUAUGGAUUUGUCACCGUUGUACCUGCUCUCGAUCCCGCCACACUCCUCCACCCCGCCCAUGCCCGCGAGGAAGGAGCACCCCAUAUACGCAUAUAACAAUCCCUAAUCGCCGCAGCCUCGCCUCGUCUCAUCAUCUAACCUGCAUACCUCUCUACUAUCAAAGAAUAUCUCAUAUAUCCCGGAAUGAUGGACUUUCCGCCAGACAAGACGCUGGAGCUCCCCAGCAAUAUAUCGGCGACAUACCUGAGCGAGGGAGCUGCGAAUGUGGUUUAUAGUAUAAACGUGCCACCGCAGAGUAGCACGCCUGAACAUGGCGAUAUAAAGGAGAAAGGAGAGGACACAACGCCUAAUCCCUGGCACGGCAAACUCCUCCGCUUCCGCAAAGACCUCCCCACCACCACGCCCACACUCGACGCCCACAUUGCCUUCCGCACCUCCAUCGCGCCCCUCUUCCCCGCCGAAGACCUCAUCGAUAUCCGUCUCGUCUCCCUCGGCUCAAGCCACCUAAUCCAGACCCUCAACGCCACCCUGCGGUCCGCCGAGCAGCCUUCCUCCUCGACGCCACGGCCGGUACAGCGGCAUGGGGUUUAUUUGGCGGAUGACCAGCAUGCGCUUCUCAUUACGGAUAUGUCACCUCCAACAUCAUCAACCCUAAUCCAAUUCAAACCCAAAUGGCUCGCCCCCUCCCCCUCCGCCCCCCCAACUCCAAACGCUGCCGCACCUGCGCCCUACACGCUAAACGCGGCAUCUCAAAACCGUCUUUCUGUCCACUGGAUCUCAUUUCCUCCUCUCCCGCCGACGUGCGGCGCGCUGCGGCGUUGUUGCUUGGGUUACCUGCUUCUGCUGCCACCGCUGCCACUGCCUCUGAUAGCACCUCUACACAAAAUUGUAGCAGCGCUGCCCAGAACGGCAGUGCCAAAACCGCCACUGGAAGCCAAAACGGAGCGCAAAAUGGCACUACUACGGCUACACCGAAGGAGUUGCAAACCCUCACCCGCCUAACCAACUGGGCCCUCACAUCCCCCCUCCUCCGCCACCUCCGGCACAUCCAAACAACCUUCGACCCCCUUGGCGUCUCCCACAUCCUCCGCGACAGCACAUCCCCCUCCUCCUCCUCCCUAAAAGGCCUCCAAAUCGCAAUGACCCUCCGCGACGUCACAGUCUUUCUAGUGCUACCAGAUGGGGAGGGGGUGUUGAGGGCGAGGUUGGGGGAUUUGGAUGUUAAGAGUCUGGGGAAAGUGGGG